AUGCAUUUCAAACAAUCAUGGCAGGCUCUCCUGCCUCUCCUGCUCGCAGGCUCAGCUACCGCUUCCUGCUCCGCGAAGGAGGUCAACCUCGUUCAGAACCCUUCCUUUGAAGAUGGACUGAAUCAUUGGAGAGUCUCAGGCGACUUGAGUGUUGUGAGCAGCUCCAGCGCAGCUGACGGCCACUACUUCUUGGAGAACCCCGCCGGCUUUCCGGACAACGAAGUCGGCCAGAGCAUCAAUGGCCUCGUGAGAGGACACACCUACAGAGUGAACGCCAAAUGGCGCGUCAACCCCUCGUCAUCCACAGGCGAAUGUCUCGUGUACAUCGCCACCAACGGCAACCCCAUUGCCGUGAAAGAUAUUACCAUCAAUGAAGCCGGCACGGACUGGCUCACAGUCUCCGGCCCCUUCAUUGCCUCCGGUGCCAGUCAGGAUAUAUACAUCUCGACCUUAUGCAGACCGGACAUCGUUACCAAGGAGAACCCGCCCUUCGUUAUGGACCUGGAUAACGUCGAGAUUCUUACUACCGUUUCCACUUGCUCUAGCAGUGCGGUUCCUUCUUCCACUCCUCUUGCAUCCAGCCAGAGCGUGUCUAAGCCCUCUUCAACUCCCUUGCCUCAGUCGAGUGCUUCGUCCCAGGCUCCUUCUGUUUCGUCUUCGUCGCACCUUGUGACUGUUACUUCGCGUCCUCAUCCUCCUCGUCCUUCGAGUACUAUCUCUCGCAGACCUAUUAAGCCGUCUAGCUCUGCUGCUGUUAGCUCGUCUGGGAUUCCUACUGUUACUUCUACUGUUGGUCCUCAGCCUAGUGGAGGCGCUGGCAACGGAUCUGACAACGGAUCUGGCUCAGGUAACGGCUCUGACUCAGGUAACGGCUCUGACUCAGGUAACGGCUCUGACUCAGGUAACGGCUCUGGCUCUGGCAACGGAUCUGGCUCUGGCAAUGGCAAUGGAUCUGGCAACGGAUCUGGCAACGGCAAUGGCAACGGCAAUGGCAAUGGAUCUGGCUCUGGCAACGGAUCUGGCAACGGAUCUGGCAACGGUAAUGGCAACGGUAAUGGAUCUGGGAACAAUGGUUCGGGCAAUGGCUCGGAUUCUGGCUCUGAGCUUACCACCUCAACUGUAUUCACCACCCGCACCUCGACUGUCACUGCCUGUGCUGCCACGGUGACCAACUGCCCCGCCAGAAGCACCUACGUGACCACCGAGACAGUCCUUGUUUCCACCACUGUGUGCCCUGUCGCCGAUGCCACUACUACCGGCACUGGUGGUGCUAUUACUAUUGGAUCUCCUUCUGCUUCUAAUGGUGGCCAAGGUCCCCAGUACACCACUGAGACCAUCUUGACCACCCGUGUUGUUACUGUGACUGCUUGUCCUGCCACCGUCACUGACUGCCCUGCCCGCCAGAAGACUACUUCUGUGACUACUGAGACCCUCGUUGCCAGCACCAGCGUGUAUCAAGUCACUCCUACUGCAGCUCCUGCCCCUGCGCAAACUGCCGGUGUUGGCGCCAAGCCCAGCUCUGGUUCGAACUCUGGUUCCAACUCUGGCUCUAAUUCUGGUUCCGGCUCUGGAUCUGAGGCAAGCAACACCAACACCGCUGCUCCCCAGGUCACUGCUCCCGCAACUCUGGGCGGUAACCAGGUCCCAGUGGUGACUAUUCCUGUCACCAAGAUCGUCACUGUUUAUGCUUGCCCUGCGGAGAAGAAGUCUCCCUUCUAG